GAUUAGAUUUUAUUUUAAUUGCUGUACUGUGUCAUAUGUUGAUAAAAGGUGUUUUUAGAAAGACAAAGAACCACCAUACAUAUCUUCUACAAUUGUGCAAUUAUGUGUUUUGUACAGCAGUGAAGCAAUGGACACAUUUGUCUGCCUCCUGCUACUGUGUUUCAUUCAGUGUUCUACCAUAAUGCAUCUACAGCAUCCCCAAAAUAUUCAAGUACAGUAAUUGGAAAGUUUUCAUAGUAAAACUCAUCUAAAUAAAUUUAUUCAGAUUUUAUGGUAGGUGUCGUGACAUUUUCACAGGCUUGACGAGAACAAAAAAAAAAAGACCGCACAGCAAUAGCUUUCCAAAGAAAGCACAACAUGUCAGGAAUUAACACUGACCAGAGCACUUUAGUUUAAGUGCAUUCAUUAUGCACUUAUGUAUAUGAACACACACAAACACACACACACACUCACAGUGCAAAUAUUUCAUUACUGUCAUUUGCUACACCACUCUCCAGCUACAAAGUCCCAGUCAGAACACAACUUCAACAUCCCCACAAGGGUUAAUGAGUUAAACUUGCAAGUCAUCAUGGUAAAAAUUAGCAGUGAGACUCUUUAUACAGAGACACGCAGGAAAUGUUUGCUUCCCCGUGCCUGCGGUGAAAGCAAACAAGAACCCGGGCGGCUGGAUUCCCAGCCGACUGCCAGCCCACGCAGCUGCAGGCUGCCUCCCCUGGGAUGUUUACCUGUACACGAAUCUGAAAGGUGAUGAGGCUGGAAGCCACGCAAGGAGGAUCUACAGCAUUCAGGAGGCAAGGAGGGGGCCUGGCAACAGCCCCAGUGGAGCACCCCUAGGUAAGAAACACUGCUGUAAAAGAGGAAGGGAUUUCCGUAAAUACACACCUUUUCAAAGCGUAAAAAUCUUGAAGAGGGAAACGCUGCACAGUUUCGCCGCCCCCAAUCCAAGGAAUUUCAAAUCCGGUGUGGUGUAUUUUAGCGUAGAACAACUGAAGUGCCAGGCUGAGCAUGGGCCAAAAAUGGGUAGACGGUGGGCAGAACGGGAGUAUGAGUAAAAAUGAGUGCACAAAAAUCUAACUGAAUUUAACUGAAACUGCACGAUAAGGUCGCGAGGGGUCAUUUGAAAUGAUUGCAAAUGUUGUCUUUUUUGCACGUAUUAACGUCUUGUGAACAGGUGGAAAAUUAAGUUUGCCAAGCACGCCUACAAAUUUACUUUGGAACCCCUAACUUUGACAGUGAUCAAAAAUUAAUCUUUUCAAUAUUGUUUAAUAUUGUAUAAUUUGGUUUGAGGAGCUGUGCGGGAAGGACAAGAGAUGCGUGGCGCUAAACAAGAGCUACAGGUCACUGGGAGCAUCAAGAACUGCAACAUCAGUGUUCAAUCUGUGUCUGCUUGUCUCGGAACACCCACGGCAGGCACACACAACAGCAUCAGGGGGAGCCCAAUAAAUCAGGUCUUUAGAAGAUGAUGGCCAGUAAGCCAUGCGCCGAGGAGGCCAAUGGCACGGCCGCUUGUCAGGUCAUUACCUUGUCAGCUUUCAGCAGCUCCGGACAAACACAGCCUGCCCAUCUCCUUGCCCCCUCGUCUCAAUUGUGUCUGGUGGCGAAUGUCCGUUCACUGCAGGGGAGCUACCACCAAGCUUCCCCCGUGGUCAAUCCCUCCCGUGAUCCGGCCGCAGCCGCGCAGCCCUCCUCGCACCUCCUCAGCAUUCCCAGGCCUCCUCAGAAAGGAGCGUGCGGCUGUAAGAUGCCCCCCAAAACCAUGGAACCAUUUGCCAGGAAGCUGUUCAAAAGGGUGCUAGUUUUAGAAGUUGUUGGUGUGAUCGGCGCCUACAUGCUGUUUCAUAAGAUGAACACCAGCAGAGAUUUCAGGAAUACUAUGAAUAGAAGGUUCCCUUCAGUACUUGAAGUCUAUUACAAGUCCAACGAGUGGGCUGGGAUCCAUGGAAUCCGUGAGAGCGACCAAGAGGCAUGGUCUUCCAAAAAAGCCUAGAAUUCAGCUCACCCUACAGCCUUUUUCCUGCGGAGCGUCUUGACGUCUCGACCCUGAAUCCAGUCAUCCCUCUGGGCCUCCCACUUCAGCUGUUUCAGG